AUGGAAAGAAGUAGACACCUUGGUUGUGAUGCUUUUACUUUCAUAGGAUUUAGAAAUUGGAAAAAAGUCAAUUAUGGAAAGAAUUGUGCCUUUUUGAAUCCUGUUGGGGAGGAUCCUUGCUCACCCCACAAUAAUGCUGUGAAAUAUUGUGAUGAUCUAUUGAAUGAAUCAAUGCAUAUGGAUAAAGUGAUGAAUGUGCAGAGUUCUGAACAAAUUCUAAAUAAUCGAUUGCGGGUGAAAACUUCUAUUGAUACUGUCCGUGAUAAGGUUGAACAAGUUGUUUUGGAAAAUGCUCCUAAAGCUGCUAAGUACACUUCGCCUACAAUUCAGAAGGAGAUUCUGCAUGUUAUUGCAAACAUUGCUGCAUUGACUUUGAAGAACAAAACAUAUGCUAUUCUUUCUCGUCACUGUCUUGACAUUCAAAAUAUUCAUGGACAAGGAUAUGACGGUGCUAGCAACAUGUGUGGUGAAUGGAAAGGAUUGCAAGCCUUAGUUCUUAAUGAUUGUCCUUAUGCAUACUAUGUGCAUUGCUUUGCUCGUCGGUUACAAUUAGCAUUAGUUGCUGCAUCAAGAGAGAAAUCUCUAGACAUCUCAAAUGCCCAAAAUUUAGUUUUAGUAACAAAGACACUCAUCCAAAAUUUAAGAGUAGAUGGUUGGGAUAAUUUUCUUGAGAAUUUCAUAGGAUUCUCCAAAAUAUUUGGAAUUGAUAUUCUAGAUCUAAGUGCUCGAUUUGCUAAAGGUAGAGGUCGUAAGAAAAGGGAUCAUGUUACAGUGGAGCAUCAUUACCAUUUUGAUAUAUUUAAUGCUACAAUAGAUGUUCAAUUGCAAGAGCUUAACAAUAGGUUUGGUGAACAACCAAUAGAACUCUUGAAACUUUGCUCGGCUUUGGAUCCAAAGGAUGCUUACAAAUCCUUUAAUGUGGAUAACAUAUGUCAUCUUGUUGAGAAAUAUUAUCCUCUUGAUUUUUUUGAGGGUGUUAGGACUGGUUUGAAAAUUCAAUUGAGGCCAUUUGAGCAUGAUGUGCAAAAUCAUUCGAAGUUUCAGAAUUUGUCAUCUAUAGCAGAGUUAUGUCGAAGAUUAGUGGAGACAGAAAAGUCACAGGUAUAUCCUCUUAUUGAUUCCAGUGUCCACAGCAACUAG